AGUGUUUCACAGUAAAUUACAUGUUUGAAACAAAAAUCGAUUUUAUUGGAUGAAAGUUUUGCUUUCGUUUAGUUUUACUCUCUAUUCUGUUCUGUUGUGCGAUGUGCUAGAGAUUAUUGCGUGGUUUAAAAUGUUGCCUUACAACUCGGCAAAGAAAGGUUAAUCCUCCAACGUGUGCUCGUGCGCUGGCAAAUGGUUUGAAUGUGUUGCGGUUGUGACUGACGUGUAGAAUGGGCAUCGAAUGGUUUUCCGGAUUUUAAGCUCUUCGUGAGCUUCCGAGUCCGAGGGGGAUUUUUGAAAAGGUUUAAGAACGGUUCGGUAGAUAAGCAGGAACAGAAUAUUGGGAAGCUUUUCCGGCAACAGACAAGAAAAGGUCAAUCAAACCCACACACGAGGGAGAUUUUCAUAGUGUGGAACGCAUUAGUUGAUGAUCAAAGUUGGCUGGUUAUGCAAACUGUCGAAGACUCUCGCUCGAAGGGCGGAAAAUGGCACAGUGGGAGUAUCUUCUACCGUCUGCAGCUGGCAAGGACAUCGAAAUGAGCACAACGCCUCCCCAUGAAUUAAAGCACAGUGAAGGUUUAGUAUGUAGUGGUGAAUGUGUAACAACAACAAAAAAUGCCAACAAAGUGCACACGAAGUGCAAGUAAUGAUAAUUGAAUUUUCAUCAACCACCAUCAACCGAGCGAAGGGUUGAAACAAGGAUCGAAAGUGGUGGUGGAAGGUGCAAGCGGAUAACGUGUAAUCAAACAACGACCAAACAGCGUGUGUGCGAUGACGGUGUGCUAGUGGUUGCGGCAUCAUCGGUGGUAGUGCGUGAAUGCGGAACCAGACACAAUCGAGAAGCGUCGAGCAGAAAUUAACCCGAGUCACCCGAGCUAGCAAGAGAGCACGUUCCAAACGAGAAGAAGCGGCUUGGGGAAGCAGAAGGUCACGAAGAUGCUUCGCAACUGUGGCUGUUUUCAGCGGGCUCGGCGUAGCUCCAGCUUCGAGGACUCGUCCUCCUGCCGGUCGUCGGAGAUCGAGCGGGGCGGCGAGAUGACACCGCACAGUGGCAGCCUGCUGAAGCUGUUCACCUCGAAGGGCUGGUGCAGACAGUGGCGCAAGAGUGGCCGGGGCAUGAGCAUGACCAAGAUUGAAAGAACAAUGAAGGCAGCCAUUCUUAUACAGCGCUGGUAUCGACGGUUUCUAGCCCGGAUUGAGAUUCGGCGGCGCUACACGUGGACCAUCUUCCAGAGUAUCGAAUAUGCGGGCGAACAGGACCAAGUACGGCUGUACAACUUUUUCAACGCACUACUUACGCACAUUCCAGAGACCGCCGGACGUCCGCUGGACUCGCAAAACACAUCCCGCUCGUCGUCCGCAGAGGCACUGAAUAUGAAAUUUUCCGACGAAUCGGACGAUCUAGCCGACGAGGGUAUUACCGGACCGGAGCGUGGCUACCAAGGGCCAGAUAUUAAGUUCCCGCUCGACAAGAAGGAGCUCGAGGUGAUCAUCGAUCUGUUCCGGAAGAAGAAAAACCGCCUGCACGCGAAGUACGUGGCGGGGAUACUGCGGGAAGCGACGUCGAAGCUGAAACGGUUGCCAAAUUUAAACCAGGCGUCGACCGCCAUCUCCAAACAGGUGACGAUCUGUGGCGAUCUGCACGGGAAGCUGGACGAUCUGCUGGUCGUGUUUCAUAAGAACGGACUGCCAUCGCCGGAGAACCCGUACGUGUUCAAUGGGGACUUCGUGGACCGGGGUAAGAAAGGGCUGGAGGUGCUGCUACUGCUGCUCUGCACGUUUCUGGUGUUUCCGGGCGGCGUGUUUCUCAACCGGGGCAACCACGAGGACACGGUGAUGAACGCCCGGUACGGCUUCAUCCGGGAGGUGCACCAGAAGUACAAACACAACGCCGAAAGACUGCUGAAGCUCAUCGACGAGGUGUACCGGUGGCUUCCGUUAGGGACGAUAGUGAACAACCGUGUGCUGGUCGUGCACGGUGGCAUUUCCGACUCGACCGAUCUGGAUCUCAUCCGCAGCCUGGACCGCGGAAAGUAUAUAUCACUAUUGCGGCCACCCAUCACCGAAAGUACCGCCCCGGGUGCUGAAAUCAUCGAUAAGGUGGAAUGGAAACAGGUGUUCGACAUACUGUGGAGCGACCCGCAGCACACCGAGGGCUGCCGGCCGAACUCGUUGCGCGGAGCGGGCACCUACUUCGGACCGGACGUCACUAGCAAGUUCCUACAGCGCUACAAGCUCCAGUAUCUCGUCCGCUCGCACGAAUGCAAACCGGACGGGCAUGAGAUCAUGCACGGUGGCAAGGUCAUUACUAUCUUCUCCGCAUCGAACUACUACGAGAUUGGCUCGAACAAGGGUGCCUAUCUGAAGCUGGAUCCGCAGCUGGACACGCACUUCGUGAUGUACACGGCGGCCGCCUCCAAAACGCGCAAGCUCACGUUCCGCCAGCGGGUGGGGCUGGUGGAAAGCUCGGCCCUGCGGGAGCUGGCAGCGAAGCUGCGCGAGCGGCGGAUAGAGCUGGAGCGGGAGUUCAAGUCGCGCGAUCCGGAAAACAAGGGUGUGCUGCCGCUAGCCAAGUGGUGCGAAGCGCUGGAGAGCGCCACCAGCCUCGGUUUGCCGUGGCGAAUGCUGAAGGAUAAGCUUGCACCCGCCGAUAAUCCCACUGCCAGUACGGUCGCAACGGUGACGGAAGUCAGCUACCGGAAGACGCUGCAUCUACUCGACACGGACUCAUUCAAAUCGGCCCAAAACGGUACCACCUCCGUGGCGGAAUCGCUGUACAAAAACAAGAGCAGCCUGGAAGCGAUCUUCCGCAUACUGGACAAGGACAACUCGGGCCAGAUCUCGCUGGAGGAGUUCGGCGAGGCGUGCGAGCUGCUGCGGCGCCACUUCCCACACAACACGCACGAGCAGCUGCUCGACAUGUGCCGCAUGAUGGACAUCAACAAGGACGGGCUGGUCGAUCUGAACGAGUUCCUGGAAACGUUCCGGCUGUGCGAGAACGCCAAGGAGCAGCUGCUGAUGAGCCUCGAGGAGCGCGCGAUAGCGGAGAACAACGGGAACGGGUCGGGCAGCGCGCUGGACACCAUUGACCUGCAGCCGUCGGGCCCGGCGGCGUCGGCGGACCGGAAGAAGGACGGCCUGCCAGACAGGAACGGGAACUGUGCGGCAAAGACUGCCAGCGAGGACUGCCAGGCCAAGACGGAUGGGCGCCGGCGGAGCAAGAAGCGUGCGAGCGGCAAGCGGGCCAACAGCGGGCCGGAGAACGGGGCGCCGGAAGCGGACGAGGACACGGACGACUACGAAGACUACGAGGCAAACGAGCCGGAGGAGGGCGAGAGCAGGGAGAAGAGCGCCGGCCCAGUGAACGGUACAGUUAUAAGCUCAUCCAACACUGCCGCUGUCGCUAAUAGCACCGCCAACGGUGACACUCACAAGGACACCAUCGUCGCCUAAACGGGGCACGGGCUUAUGAGUGUUUCUUUUCCUAUCUCUCUCUUUCUCUGUGUGUGUGUGGAUGUGUUCGUAUGUGUGUGUGCGUGUUUGCGUGUAUGUGAUUCCGAUCUCCAAAGUACCUCCUCCAAGUUUGUUGCUGUGUUUCUAUCGCUCCCUCUACCUUCCCAUCUCACUGUACACUGUUUGUAUCCGGCGUUUAGUACCGUGACUCCAAGUGCGGUGGAACUUGGAAAACAAGUUCCAGGAUUCAGAAGGAUUUGAUCAGUGGAAUAGAGCGUUACCUGAGUGAAGGAGAGAGAGAGAGGAAGAGGGAAGUGGAUGUGAGGUAGAAGAGGUAAAAGGUUUCCCGCACAUUCUUCCGGCCCUCGUACGGUUGCCCAUCGUUGCACACUUUACAGUUUACAGGCAGCGUGUUUGACCCAGUGGUACUACAACAAGAUGAAGCUGUCAAGGAGUUUUGCAGCAAUAGUGCUGGCUUUGGUUUUGACACAUGGCUUCUCAUUAAGCUCACCUGUUGGCUUAUGGGUUAGCAGCGGUACCGGAUCAGGUAGGAGCACACAGAGCUUUAACACAACAAUGUACAAGAUUGUAAAAGGGACAGCUACAACUACAUCUCAACAUCUCGUUGAGUGGUGGAUUACAGUAGGUACGUUCAAGCUUUUUAUAGUCCUAUCCUUGCUUCAUGUUACCUUCAUGCUGAUUGCACUUUUAGUGUUACGUUACCGUUUACUUUUACGACAAUCGUACUACAAGUUUUAUUGAUUGUCUGGUGUAAAACAGUAAUGUUCAAUCAUUGAAUCGUUGUAGAUCUAAAUUGGCUUCUCGCACUUCAUCUACAAAAUGUCUAUUCCUUCUCAGCAAGUUGGCAAUUCGCUCUUUGAAACGUGGUUAAUAUCCUCAUCAAUGGUCUGAUGAAUUGAUGCACUUUUUUCAUAAAUCUAGGAGUAAGGAAUUACUUUCACGAAUACUUUUGGCUGUAAAUUCAAUAUAAUCAGUAAGGUACUUCUUUGUUGAAUGGCAAGAAUUUGCCUAGAAGUAGGUAAAACUUUUCCCGUCAAUCAAAUACUUAAGCUGACUUAUAAAGAAAUACGUCACUCAGACAGCUUUUUCAGUACAAACAACUUUUGUAGUAUGAGGAAGAAUCCUUCUCACUGUCAAGUAUAUGCAAACGAAAACUUGUAACGUUAAAUUAAAUUCAACGUCCUGCAAGUAAGUUCUUCCAUCAUGAAUGAACGGCCCUGGCCCGCACAGCCGGUAACGAAAGACAGACUUGAUGUAUUUGAUUUCCUCAAAACUUCCUCAACACGAUAGGAGCAGUAUUGAAUUUCUCUAAGCAUGUAAUUCAAACUUGUAUGCACAGAAAUGUAUUCCAUUUUGUAGAGUGUGUUCAGUGGCCAGCUGUGUGUGAGUCUGAUUUUUGCCGUUACUGGCGAUCACUGCCACCACACAUGUCUUGUUAGUGAAAAGACUCCUACCUUCGACGCUGAAGUGGAACGAAGCGUCAAUCACUGUCAGUGGCGUUGCAGGAAGGAUUUCAGAAAAAAAUUCUUUUUGCCAAGUGUAUUGAUGCUUGAAAUGUUUAACAUAUUCACAGCCGCAAUUUUAUUUGAAACGUUAUGUGGCAGUGUAAUGUCCAGCCGGAGCUUUAAGAGUGAGGUGUUCAUAUUACUAGACGAGUGUAAAACACAAGUUGAAGUAUGGAUUGAUAUUGUUCUACUUUAUGGCCUCUAAUCAAAUAAUGCAUUGAAAUGAAUGAAAAGGCAUAAGGAAUUUAAGAAACGAGCUCUGGACACGAUGUUGUGUUGGGUAAAACGAACCAAGCAACUAGCAAUACGAAGCAAAAAUGCUCACCUGAGGCAUGGAAAUAGCACCCAAUCUAGCACUUUCUGACAACAUCCAUUACGGCUGGAGUAAUUAACCUGGAGUAGCAAGUGUGUGUUGGUGUGUAUGCUUUGUGAUGCCCCAUCACUCAACACGUGUGUGCCAUGCUGCCAACAUCACCAAGGGGAACGGAAAGCGAAUAAUUGCGAUCAGCCAGGGAGUGGAAAGACAAAGACCCACUUAACUCAUUCACAAACACACACACCGUCACACGUUUUCGGAAGCAGGGAGCAUGCUCAAGUUUUUGCUUCAUUUCCGGCCGUAAUCAACUGGAUAAAUGGCAUUUUUUCCUGUUCCAAACCCAUGAUGUGGGUGCCGGGUGCGUUUGCCGGCGUGGGCGAAAGCGUUAUUCAUCGCAGCGCCGCGUGGUACAUUUUGUAGACCGAGUCGGUCAAGUUUUCCAGCAUGUGUACUUGGUGGUUGCUUGGUGCUGUGUAAUGGCACUGGUACGCAUGCACCAAUGCGAGAGAAGCGUUUGCUGAUUAGCAGUUGAUAGACAGGUGACCAUAAAAGCAUUACUCCAACGUCGUUAGCCGUUGCAAAACAGGAAAAGCGCUAAAUGACUUCAAUUAACGCUGGAUUGUAAGUAAAGGUACAUGCAUUAGUUGUGUAGUAUGGUGUCAUUUGUUCUCACUUUUCUUAUUGUAUUUGGUUACCAUUAUAGCUCGAUGUCACAGAACGUUUCAUUAACGUUUCGUGUUUGAUUGCCGGACUUUUUGCGUAUUUUCAUUUCAUCCAUUCAGCUUCAUCCUCAAUAUCAAAUCUUCUUUUCUUCUUCUCGCUCAAAACAGAAUUGAACGGCCACUUUCUUGCUUUCUCCUCCAUCCCAACCAGUCACAAUACUUAAUGUGUGCACUUUAGUAGCGUCUCUUUCUGCAGACUACACCGCUGUUCUUCUUAAUGUCAUUAACGUCAAUAAUGUGUCACUUUACUUGGCUGCGUGUAUGCGAAUGGGCCACUCUCGCUUGCCAUCAUCAUCAUCAUCCUCCUCCAAGUCGCCGGCAGCAACACAACAACAAUGCCGCCGAGCGUUGAGAAGAAAGCAGUGAACGCCGAAGCUCCUGCUUGCCUCCGGGCGGCAAGGGCCACG